CCAUCUAGUGGCGAGCGAAGUCUAGAGAAAAUAAAAACAAUGUGAACCGAUGUUAGUUUGUAUCGCUGAUCGCAAAACGUUGUGAAAAGCUCAAGCUGAGGCUAACCAUACGUAUACAGGAUGGCUGACGAGGACUUGGCUCGGGAAAGUGAUGUUGGGAAUGAGCAUACCAAUGAGAGGCCAAUUGUUACAAGUAGAAGUAAUGAUACUACCGAUGAAAAUGGAGGAACACCAGAAUCAACAAAGAAUCAAGGUUCAUCAGAGGUUAAAGAGAUAUGGCCACUAUAUCUCGCACACACAAUGUCCUCAUGGGGAGACAGAAUGUGGAAAUUUUCCGUUGGACUAUUCCUGGUGAUAUUGUCUCAGGAAUCUUUGCGUUUAGUAGCAACGUAUGGUUUUGCAAAUGGCCUCUGCAUCCUCAUUCUCGCAGCUGUUGUUGGUGACUGGGUUGAUCGGACACCGAGACUGAAAGUCAUACGCUACUCUCUAUUCAUCAAUAACUUCACCAUCUGCAUCAAUGCGCUCAGCAUCCUUAUACUGAUGCGGUACACGGAGAUUCUCCGGGAACCGGGAAACGCAUGGGCAAUGUAUCUGUUUGAGGCUGUGAUCAUAGCUCUAGCGAUCGUCAGUCAACUGUCGUCCAUGGCAAUGCAGAUCAGUAUGCAACGUGAUUGGGUGGUUGUCAUAGUCGCCGGUAACAAGUCCAAGCUUGCAAACAUCAAUGCGUGGAUGCGUAGGAUUGAUCUGACAACCAACAUCCUCGCUCCCAUUGUCGUGGGACAGCUGAUGACGUAUGCAUCAAUAAAGAUCAGCUGCAUCGCCAUCGCUGGCUGGAACGUUGUUUCCAUGGCUGCAGAGUACUGGUUAAUAUGGAUGCUGUACAAGAGUUUCCCACAGCUGGCAGUGAAGAACCUGAGAUUGACAAAAACCAAAGUAGGCACUGAUAAUGCUGGAGCAAUUGACCCCCAGAGCGAGCCACUUCCUACACCUGAACACAAGGCUCUAAUGUCCGCUGAAGGCAGGGACAAUAAUGGCUGCUCUACUGACACGGGGGAGGCAAAGCCAUGCACUUUACAGGCAGAAGGACAGCGAGUAUCCUACAUUAAUAGCGGAGAAUCAUCGUCAGUGAAGAUUCCGUUAGAUAGACACAAAGACCAAGAGGACAGAGGCGAUUUUUCCCCAGUCGAUGACGUUCCAGCGUAUAGUGGAGGAAUCCUGGCUCUGACAACAGAUCAAGAUGAUCUACCAUACAAAGAAACUGUAGUGAAGCUGCAGAGUCGCAAAGACAAAGUUUGCUGGGGUGGAAAGUGCUCGGUGUUCGUUGCGUGGUAUAAUGCCUGGUACACGUACUUGCACCACUGUGUGGCACCAGCUGGCAUCGGGCUUGCUUUGCUCUACAUGACAGUGAUUGGCUUUGAUAGUGUAACAAUAGGUUAUGCCUACAGUCAGGGCUUAUCAGAGUCCAUGCUCAGCAUCAUGAUGGCUCUGGGAUCAGUGACAGGCAUUCUGGGGACCAUCUGUUACCCGUUCGUCCGCAGGAGAAUUGGUGUAGAGCGCACCGGCCUAUUCGCCUUCUUCUUUCAACUGAGCAUGCUGGUUAUAUGCCUGGCAUCUGUGUGGGCGCCUGGAACGCCUUUCAACCUGAGUCAUGUUGAGACGGUCACAGAGCGGAACGACUCCUUGCCCGUCCGGAAGAGCUUACGCGACAAGUCUGUUCUAAUGGGCGACAGCAGUAGUUCGUUUAACGUCAGUGAGGAAGACUACGUCUUUACGACUGCAUCACCGUCAGCCACGACUGUUGAGGGGCAGGUGGCUACCUCCAUGCCAGGCGUCAGUGUUCCAAGCGUUCAAAUUUCCAUCAUACUGUUCCUCGUGGGAACUGUUCUGUCACGAUUUGGACUGUGGCAGAUCGAUCUGUCGAUGACUCAGAUCCUGCAGGAGAACGUUAGCGAGACAGAGAUAGGCAUUGUCAACGGCGUGCAGCAUUCGCUCAACAUGUGCAUGGACAUGUUGAAGUUCAUACUAGUCAUCCUGCUGCCGAGUCCGCACCAGUUCGGCGUCCUCAUCAUCCUCUCCUUCCUGUUUGUCGCUUUCGGCUGGCUCUCAUACACCAUCUAUUCACGAAAGGUCAGAGGUCACCUGUUCCACUUUGAGAAGCUGAAGGCGUCCUGCUUGCCACCUGAGAAGCUGAACGAUGCUGUCAUGGUAACGGAGCGACAGGCGGACAUGUUCCUGUCCGAGCGCAGCUUGAAUCCCACGGCGUAGCGGUGACGCGUUGCCAUGGUAAUGCGGUUGACGUGUAAACAUCGUGUUUGUCAUUGCUUCAUGCCGUAUUACAAUGUUCACGACGUAUUUAUAUUGUAUUUAUCAUGGCUCCAUAUUACAUCUAUAAAAAACAAUAUGAAGAUCUGCCUGGUGUUGAUAAAGAUAAAGUAUGUUGUGUGUUCAUAUGGUUGUAUUAAGUAUAUGUAUAUGAUAAGAAUAUUUUUAUUUUUAAUAAUCAUAUUAUUGUAAAGUUACUUGUAUUGACCCAAUCUCAUUGCCUUUUGAUUAAAAUGGCUCAUUUAAAAGACAUCUCUCGAACAGUCUACCAAAAUCUGUCGUUCAUCGUAGUAACUUGUGCUAGAGGAAAACCCUACUAUGUCAGAAAUCUCAGCUACACACUUUGUAAUUUCUUUAUGGAACCACCUGUCCUAAUUAAUGACUGAUGUUGGUAUAAGAAUGAUUGGUGUUGAUCAAGGUAUCCCUCUGAAAUGUCACAUUGCUGGCAUGUGGCCUAAGGAAAUGGAGACAAUUGAUGAUAUCGUAAGCACGUGACACCUUGCUGGUAACAUGUGACUGUCGCUUGUGAUUGCUAGAUAUAUUUUAAAUGAUUGAAUCUAUUGAAAUCAUAACUUUUUACAAGCACUAACUGCGCAAUCUAUUGUUUAUUUAGUUGAGCAAGUUGAUUUCUAAUGUAGAAGUAUUACUACACUGCACGGUGCGCGAAACACAGUGUAUGCGUAAUUUUAUGUGUAAUAAUGAAUACCUUUUCUGACUGCAGUUAUAAUUGAGGUAACCUCAGGUGUCCAGGCUAGUGUGUGUGUGAAGGGUCUGAACAGUAAUCAUGAGCAAGCCUGGUUCUAUGUACAGGGGGACACGUGAACGCCAUGUUCGUAUACUCGAAGUAAAAGUAUUUUGAUUAUAAAUCUCCAAUAGACCAUUUGCAAGUUUUCCCAUUCAUUUACAUAUACAGGAAUACAGGAUAUAUUAUAUUAUAGCCCUUGUAAGAAGCUGCCUUAAAAAUUGUGAGUGAUUUGUAGGCAUUUCACGUGAUGUAGAUAGUUGGUGAAAUUUACAUAUCAGCCUAGCUUAGAUAUUUUGUUGUGAAUAAGUUUUUAUUUGCCAGAGCUUGAUUUGACUUAUAGGUUAUGUUAUUCAUCUUCACUGUGUAGAAUGCAAUGGGUUAAUAAGACUAGAUUUGGCUGCAAGGCUGCUGGCUGCAAGGACGCCAUUAUAUACAUUUGUCACGUGCAAGUAUUUUAAGACAAUUUUUUAAUACAAGUCUUUCACUAUGGUUAAACUGUUUGUUAAAGCUCCUUGGUAAUGCAUCGUGUGAUUGUGUCAAUAUUAUAACGUGAGAUGAUGGCCAUGGGAAGACCACUCGUGACUCGUUCACUUAUGAUAGAUAAUUCGAUUAUGAAAUUUUAUUGUUUUAGGUUAGGGCACUUUCCCUGACAGCUAUUAUGUGCCUAGCUGUACACGUGUAGGCCUUUUGCUCGGCCACUGGUUCUUACUGUGUCCUAGUGAAUCGCUCGCUACACAGCCGCCAUGAGCCGUGAUUGUAUCAAGUCGAUCUCAUUCAACUAUUGUCGUACUUAAUUGUCCGGUAAUGAUAUUUUGUGGCUGGAGAAUAAUGAAGAAAUGUCAGAAAACCUGUCUUUUUUUCAAAAGAAAAUAAAUCUUUACUUUCCCAAAACUUGGAGGCAUAACUACAGUUUGCUUUCACAAAUUAUACAGUGAUUAAAAUGAAAAGGUAUGCAUUUUACACAUCGAGAUUUAAUUAAAUAUGGCUGUUUCCAUAAAUACUUCUGUUCCUUGUGCAAAAACAGAAAGCUGUGCUUGCAUAAGUACUUACAUCAUUAUUCUGCAUUUGGAAUAAAAGCUGUGAUAUAAUUUUAUCAUAGUUUGAAGAAGGAAUUUCCCGAGUGAACUUUCACAAGACGUCAACAGUCAGUUUGAUCCUACUACUCCCCCCCCCCUCCACGCAUCUCCCUAGAAACCACGAACCGGGACACAGAU